CCCGCGCCGCGCCGCGCCGCCGCCUGCUCGCACCGCCGCCGCCGCGCGCCGGAGUAAUAUGCUCACUCGGGUGAAAUCGGCCGUGGCCAAUUUCAUGGGCGGCAUCAUGGCUGGCAGCUCCGGCUCCGAGCACGGCGGCGGAGGCUCGGACCUGCCCCUGCGCUUCCCCUACGGGCGGCCCGAGUUCCUGGGGCUGUCUCAGGACGAGGUGGAGUGCAGCGCCGACCACAUCGCCCGCCCCAUCCUCAUCCUCAAGGAGACCCGGCGGCUGCCCUGGGCCACGGGCUACGCAGAGGUUAUCAAUGCUGGGAAGAGCACGCAUAAUGAAGACCAAGCCAGCUGUGAGGUGCUCACUGUGAAGAAGAAAGCAGGGGCCAUCAUCUCAACCCCAAACAGGAACUCAGCAAAGAGACGGUCCUCCCUUCCCAAUGGGGAGGGGCUGCAGCUGAAGGAGAACUCGGACUCCGAGGGCGUCUCCUGCCACUACUGGUCGCUGUUCGACGGGCACGCGGGCUCGGGGGCGGCGGUGGUGGCGUCCCGCCUGCUGCAGCGCCACCUCGCGGAGCAGCUGCAGGACAUCGUGGAGAUCCUGAGGAACUCGGCCGCGCCGCCGCCCACCUGCCUGGGCGAGGAGCCCGAGGGCGCGCCGGCGCCCCGCACCCUGACCCGCGCCGCCUCGCUGCGCGGCGGCGUGGGGGCCCCCGGCUCGCCCGGCACCCCGCCCGCGCGCUUCUUCACCGAGAAGAAGGUCCCGCACGAGAGCCUGGUGGUCGGCGCCCUGGAGAGCGCCUUCAAGGAGAUGGACCUACAGAUAGAACGAGAGAGGAGUUCCUAUAACAUAUCUGGCGGCUGCACGGCCCUUGUUGUGGUUUGCCUUUUGGGGAAGCUGUAUGUGGCCAAUGCUGGGGAUAGCAGGGCCAUAAUCAUCAGAAAUGGAGAAAUCAUCCCCAUGUCUUCGGAAUUCACCCCCGAGACUGAGCGCCAGCGACUUCAGUACCUGGCAUUCAUGCAGCCUCACUUGCUGGGAAAUGAGUUCACACAUUUGGAGUUUCCAAGGAGAGUUCAGAGAAAGGAACUUGGAAAGAAGAUGCUCUACAGGGACUUUAAUAUGACGGGCUGGGCAUACAAAAUCAUUGAGGAUGAUGACCUGAAGUUCCCCCUUAUAUACGGAGAAGGCAAGAAGGCGCGAGUAAUGGCAACUAUUGGAGUGACCAGGGGACUUGGGGAUCAUGACCUGAAGGUGCAUGACUCCAACAUCUACAUAAAGCCAUUCCUGUCUUCAGCUCCAGAGGUAAGAGUCUACGAUCUCUCCACAUAUGAGCAUGGAGCCGACGACGUGCUGAUCCUGGCCACAGAUGGACUCUGGGACGUCUUAUCAAAUGAAGAAGUGGCGGAAGCACUCACUCAGUUUCUUCCUAACUGUGAUCCAGAUGACCCUCACAGGUACACACUGGCGGCUCAGGACCUGGUGAUGCGUGCCCGCGGCGUCCUGAAGGACAGAGGAUGGCGGAUAUCCAAUGACCGACUGGGCUCAGGAGACGACAUCUCUGUAUAUGUCAUUCCUUUAAUACAUGGAAACAAGCUGUCAUGAAAACGGCCCAGGGCAUUGGGAGGACAGCAAGGGAGAAAGCUGGGAUGCUUCUUGGCACGGCGGGCUGGGAAGGGCCCCAGCAGAGUUCCAGGGGACGCCACCUCUUCCCAGCCCAGGUGGGGAGUCUGCUGCCAAGAGGCCUCGGGCUGUGCUUCAAGAGGACUUUUAGGCUUCAGUUUCCUCUUUGCUAACAGGCCUAGAUACUCAACAAGAGCGCAACAGGAAGGCUGCUACUGAGUGCUGUAUUUCCUUUGGUUCCUUUCAUAGGCCUCCUCGGUGGUCGCUGCCUGUUUCGGGCACAUACAUCAGAUUUAUUUUGUCUAGAGUAGCUGGGGCAGCCGUUUUCAGGUAUAACUGGCAGAAGACUCUUCGGCCUGUCAAGCUGCCAACUUCUCUACGGGUUAAAAGUGCUGCAUUGGAAAGUUGGGGGUCACGCCUCGGAAAGUGUAAGCACCCACCUUCUAGUAAGCCUGAGAUUUAUUUCAGGGAACGCUAUCUGUGUGUGUGUGUGCACGUGUGUGUGUGUCUUUAUUCUUUUAUGGUGAUGGUGGGGUGAGGCGAGAUUUUUUCUUUUUUGAUACUCCUUGAAUCUUCAUUGUUUUCCUUCCAUAGAACAGGCUUGGACUUUCCAAACCCUUGCUGAGGAAUGUGUGUGUCAAAGUCUGGCCCAGGCUGUCCCCAUAUCCAGUAGCCCAGACCACCCAGGCAGCCUUCUGGAGAAGUGCCCUGGCUGAGAGAGGGCAGUCUUUGUUGUGUAACAAUUUGUACCUGAGUUGCAUUUUCUCACCAAAUCAGUGUGUUUUCAUGAAGAUAUGGGUGUUCGUUGCACCAACGGUUCCUCUCUUGUCUUUAAGGGUCCCCCUUGUGUGGCUUGAGGUUUCUCUCUGAGAGUCUGGGUUUUCGUUUCUGGAAUGGUUGGCCCUCCCCCACCUGCUGUGCCGUGGGGACACAGGUGAAGCAGUGUUUAAUAGAGCAGUUUAGGAAGUUCCCUGUAUCACUCAGUUCACCUCACCUCCUUUGAGAAGCGUUCCUCCAUUUUGGAUCAGGGUUCUGUGGGCCGUGACUGUCCCCAAGCCCACUCCCAACAAUGAGGAAACAUCAGAGUUCUGUCAAGAGCAGCAGUUCUACUCUCCUCAUCCUCUUUGGGCAAGUCCCACUCAGAAUGGCUGUUUGAUCAAAGUGGAUUUGAAGUGGGUUGACUGGUCAUUCUCAUGCUAUGUGCUCUGUUCUUUCUCCACGGAAUCACGUCCCAGCCACCCAAGAACUCAGACCCUGUUCCCACUGUCACUUCACCUCUGAGUGUUCCUCACAAGAGCAGCAGCGGCAGAAGCAGCGGACACUAGAUCUACCCGCUGCUUCUCUGCCGGGAGGGAUCACAAAACACAUUUUUAGACGGCACUUUUCUCUCUCAGGCAGACCACUGCUCUGCACUAGGGGGCCUUGUAGAGCAACUUCCAGUCUUCCUGCAGACCUGUGGUGUCUUCACCAUCUUGACAACUUUGUGUAAUUAAAACAUCCUUCCCACUCAAUAAAGAAAAAGGUCAUUGGUGUGAUCCCCAGAAAUGCUAGAGAGCCGAUUCCAGUUCUCACGUUUGUUUGAAUCCCUUCCCCAGAGGAGAGGAGAGAAACCUUUCCUCCGGGAGAGUUUAUUGCCUGCAUUCCUCGAGUUGUAGCUAUUUCCUUAGGAAAGGCCUGAAGCCUUCCUACUCAGGAAUGAAUUCAUCCACAGUGUGGAAACAAUGCCCUGUCUGGCCGGUGAAGUAUUGUGGGAGUUCACCCACCAGGUGUUUGCCAAAACAUUGCCUGGGAAGAACUGGACUACCACCAGGAGUCAUCUUCCUCUGACAGCUUCCCUCCUUCUUCAGUAAAUCUUAGCUACCCUGAACAUCUCUGUGGGGAGAAGUCUGUGGUAAAGCGUUUGCUUCUCCGGCACAAUAUGAUGCUAUGGGAAAACGUGCAGGCACCCUGCAGCAGUGUGGUCCACUUUCUGUUCCCGCGCUGGAUCUCAGAGUCACGUACACAUUGGAAACUUGAGAAAGUUGUUAUGGAGGACUGAUCCGCCACAAUCUUUGGGAAGCUGUCCUCACAAGCAAUCGCCUCUCUCCCGUGUUCCCAUUGCCUUUCUUUGUUUCCUUUCCUGGGCUUCUCGCUGGGUCCUACCUUGAGCUUCUCUAUCCAGCCACCAGAGUCAGAGUUUGGCUGUAGGCAUCAUAUCAAUGUCACGACAACCUUCUCAAUUCACCAAUUCAUUUACUGCCAAGGCAUGUUUCAGGAAAAACUCUGGAACCCCCUUAUUCACUUUACCCUAAAGUCUUGAGUAUUUAGUCCUGCUGGUUUUAGUUAAGAGAGGUAUCUAGCAAUUCUUUUCAUAAGCCCCCUUGGGUGGAAAGAUCUUACUAGCAAGCUGAAGCCAUGUUUCUGUUUGAGGGGUGGGAGGAAAACAACAAAGGAGAUGAAUGAAUCAAAUGUGGAAAAAUGGUUUGUUAAUGCCCGUAGCAGAUCUACUGAGCACUGAUAUUGCUCUGUGAAUUGAGCUUCCCUGCUUUUGGCCUUAUUUUUCACCCAGGCCCCAUGGCAUUCCAUCCCAGGGCAGCAACUGUGUCUAUAUAACGGGUCAGCCCUUGGAGUAUUCCUGGAAAGGUCAAAAGGCAACAUGCUCAAAAUUCUGCAGAAUAUAUUUAUACAUGGGUCUGAAAUCUUAUGUAACUGACUUAUAGCCAAAUCCGCUUGCCCUAAUGGCCUCAGAGGAAGUCUUGUUUAAUAAAAAGCUUUUGAUUUCCUAGUCAAGUCUUUAUGGUUGUCUUGGGGUGCGUGUGGCCACUUCCUCUAAUGAAAGGCUCUUUCAGUUCUAAACCUCUUUGCUGGGCUGGCCCCUGCUCUUCGGAAUAUUUGGAGACACUCUUUUCCUUAAAGGGAGCAAACUCGCACUCUAUCCACACUCUGCAGCAUUGUGCCAGGCAACACGCAAACCUUUGUUCUCGUAACACCUGAAAUCAGAACAGCGCCAGCAGCCAGAGGGGUGGAGGGUGUGUUCUGUGGUGGCCGUGCUUAGCCAACGGCUGUUCUUGGGGCGGGAAGGGAGAAGUGAAAGUGCUCAGCUGUCUAAAGCCAAAAAAGUGGGCAUUUUAGUUAUUUCCCACAGUAUACAGCUUUGGGGAAUUUGGGGUGUUUCAUUUUUUAAUUCCUAGUAACUUACCUCCUCCACGGGGCUGCGUGCAGUCAGCUGUGCUCACCCUCUGCUUCCUCCUCUGAGUAUUCACUCACUUCUCAGGAAGCAUCGUGAUGACUGUGGGCAGGGAUGAGAGUCCCAGUACUCAGGGCUGGCCUCAGAUCUUGGCCGUUCGGUGAGGGUGUUCAGUUUACCAAGAGCACAGGCAUGGAAACUCUCGGGAAAAAUCUCCCAGAUCUUUAAAAUUCCUAUUCUCCUCUUGAUCUCACCUCCUUCCUCAUCUGCCCAUCAACUUUAUUUAGAAGGCCUCCAGUGGUCAGUGUUUGCUUUCCACCACACUUUGAGGAUCUAACCUUUCCUUAAGUGACCCAGCGGCUCCAUUGUUUUCUGAGUGACUGUGUUAGGCUUUUAUGAGUCUAUUUUCAGUAAGUUAGUGCUUCUGGGACACCUGAGAAAGCAGUGAGAGUCAUUUUCUGUGCAGAGAACAACCGGGCUGACCCUCAAAGUUACCAGAUCUAAGAAAAUCGUGAAACAGUCUCUGGCCACAGGACAGAAUUUUACAUUAGGAACUUGGGUUUUUGAGGACUUAGAAUUGCAGAGAAAUGUUGCAGCCUGCACGCCAUAGCCCACCUUGCUGAGCAGACUUUGGUUUUGUGUGGGCGAUGUGGCUUCUGUGUGUAUACUGGGAUUUUUCAAAAGACACUAGCUGAGCAGCCGACUUGCCUCUCGUGUGAGCACCAUGGGGCUCUAUGUCACGUCUGAGGGCCAGUCUGCGAGUACUGCUCUUUGUAAUCUGCGAUGGUAUCUGUGUAAAUAGCUUUCAUUUUUCCUCUGCGUGUUAGAUGAAGUUUUGUUCAUGUAGCGACCAGGUAGACAGUGACCAAAUGAGGCUGUAAAUGUGCUGUUGUUUCCUACCGUGAUGUACUUGAAGGAGAACCUCGUGUCCUCCACUCUUCCAAUCUUCUGGAGUACUCUGUGUUUGUUCUGGUAGUUCUAAGGUUACUCUUUCUCUCCUGUUUUGCCUCCAUUUUGUUUGUUUCUUCUGGAGACCCUGGGAGGCCCCCAGUGGAGAUCAUUUGUAAGGAAUGUAUCAUAAGGUGUGGGUUUCCAAAAUACCCUACGUACAGUGAAUGAGAGGAAUCUGCCUGAAAAUGGUUUCAGAACUGUGUACCUUUAUGUUUGUGAUUGUGAAACCUUGACUUUUGUAACCCAAAAAUGAAAACUGUUCAGUAAAGGGGAUCUAUUUUGUGUGUUUUGAAACUUAGGUGCAAUGUUCCCUGGAAAAAGCUGAAGAAAUGUGUAUGCUUGAUGACAUUUUAAAAUAAAAAAUAUAUAUAUGUAUAUAGGACACCUUUAGCAAAA